AUGCAAUGGGGCCGGACCUGGCUGGAUGAGAAGCUAAAUCGUGGCAAUCUUGACGAUCAGCUUUGUGCCAGCAUCUGCCAGGAGUUUGCAGAAGUGCACGGGGUACAGUUCUUUGACACCGCUGAAGGCUAUGGAGGUGGAACCAGCGAAGAGAGGCUCAGAGACGUCCUCGUUGAGCCCGCGAAAGAUCAGAAGCAACCCUAUCCCUGCAUCAUUGCGACCAAGUUCCUACCAACCCUGGCCCGUUGGACGCAUGGAAGCUUCGCGCGAGCUCUGCAGGGAUCCUGUAAGCGCUUGGGCGUAGAUGCUAUUGAUAUCUAUUUCAUCCACACUCCGAUUCACCCUCUCCCCUUAGAGUAUUGGGUGCAUGCAGCUUGUCGAGAGGCGAAGGCCGGGAGGAUCCGUGAAAUCGGCAUCUCCAACUGCAAUGCACAGCAGGUCCGACGAGCCUGCGCUGAGGCUCAAAAGCAUGGCUUAAGAAUCGCAGCGAAUCAGAUCAUGUUCAAUCUUUUGUGUUUUCAAUCUCCAGAGCUGCAGGAGACCCUGAGAGCUUGCCAGGAGAAUCAUGUGCAAAUCAUUGCAUAUGCGCCUAUCGGCCAAGGCCUUCUGACACAAGCCCUUACGGACGAGAAGUUUUCAAGAAUCCGUCUGGCCAAGAUGACUAGGCUCGCCAUGGAUGAGUUGCAUGACCUGCGAGGUGUCAUCGAAGGACUGGCGAGCAAGUAUGGCAAGUCCAUGGCGCAGAUUUGUCUGAACUGGACGAUCUGCCACGGGGCAAUUCCCCUGGUGGGUACCAGAAGCAUGUUGCAGGCACAAGACACUGCUGGUUGCCUUGGAUGGCGUUUAGCCGCAGAGGAUGUGGAGGAGCUCGAUCGACACGCGCUGAAGCGCAGCACGCUGUCCAAGCCAAGGUGGAAGCGCGUCCUUUUUGUCACCUUUAUUACACUUCUGGUCUUCAGCUACCGGGUUAAUCGCUGGGCCGACUGGCUAAGAUCAAAGUGGCACUCCCUGUGGUCCUGGCGAGGGCAUCGAGCAGAUUGUACCGUUGAAACGUCAAUGUACAUUUGCUGCCUUUCCCUUUUCGUGCAGGCAGCUGUUGCAACAGCGACUCCCUUCAUUACAAGAGCAGAGCUCAAGGUCGUGCCAGGAACCGUGGACAUAGUUGACUUCGCAACCGGUCAUCCUCGGCUGUACGUCUUCAUGAGCUCGCUGCGCUGGGUUAGCACAGCAGCCCUGUGCGCCACGGGAUCCGGAAGACCGCAAAGUCAUCGUGUUGGCAUGUCCACCUCAGACACAGGGUGCGUGACUUGGACCAGUGAGGUGAUGCAUCUCGGGACCUACUUCUUCAUCGUCCAUUUCUGCCUGUUCCUCUGCGUGUCCAUUAGGCAGCUGUCGAACGUCAGCAUGAUGGACGGCAUCAGGACACUGUCAGCAUUUGUCCGAUGCUUUCCGUCCUCUUUAUUGAGUGCUGGGCUCCGUGCUCAGAAGCAGGAGCUCUUUGAACUUGGUAUCCUUGGACUACAUGUUUGUGGCGACCUGGGCGAUGCUGAUGCAGCUGGUCGUGUGCUUCGUGAAUGGCUUCGUCUACACCCUGCCGAAGGACUCAAAGGUGAUGAGACUCUGUGGCAAUUCAUUGCGGGGAGGCCUCACUGCCAUAUCGAUCGUGUUCUACCUCACGCUGGUCACGGUCUACGCUUCCAUUCUGGUGGUGGGGCUCUCAGAGUCAACAUUCCGAGCCCAUCACCUGUCAGUCUGCGGGCGCGAGAAGUUGAUGAAGAGGAAGUGCUGUUCAAUUUCAACAAGAAGAAGAAGAAAGGCUACGACCCCAACUGGGAGCGACCCUUCCCACGGUACAUCGUCGGUGGCGGCAUCUUCUUGACCAUCGUCGGCUUUUUCGGUGGUGGGCCAACACUUGCUGCGGUCUGGGGCCUCUGCGGGGCGGGCUUCGGGUGCCUGCUCGAGCCUUGGCAGACUCCAGACGGUGAGAUCAGCGGUCUCUACUUCGAGGAAGAUGACGAAUGA